AUGACGUCACUGUGCCGCCUCACGACGUCACGGUCCUCCCGCAGCGGCCGCCCCCGGCGGCCCGCCGCGCUCAAGAUGCUGGCGGUGACAGCAGCCAAGCCAGACCGGGGGCUGUGCCAGCCCCGGCAGCCGCCGCUGCCCCCCCCCCUGGGGGCCGGCGCCGGGCGGGCCGUGCCAGUGGCGCUGCCCACCCCCGCACGCUGGCAAGAGCCGUUUCCCCCCCUUUCCGCUCUGGCACGGCAGGUUUCAGGCCUGGCGGAGCAGCUGGAGGAGCGGCUCUUCCAUCUCUAUGGCCUCCACAACGAGCUGAUCCAGGAGCGGCUGCAGGAGCUGGCGGAGGUGAUGGAGCGCGUGGGUGAGGCCGAGGCCGAGCUCCAGCAGGUCUGCCGCACCGUGGAGGCAGCGUACCGUGACCUCUGCCUGCAGCCCGAGGCCUGA